CAAUGCCAGCCACAUCCUCCUCUUCUUGUCCGCUGCGAUGCGUCCUCGGACAAGGGCAGCUGACGUUGUCCUCUCAAAAUUGCUUGCGGAUCGACUGGCACUUGGACUUUUCGAGCCGAGGUUGCUGCAUGGCGCACUGACGACACUUGCCCGCUUGAGGCUGCUGCGGCCAAUACAAGCCCAAGCCAUGAUCUCGGUCAUGCCCAUCAGAUCUUAGCCCACAGACCAUCAAUGCUGGACAGCUGCGCAUGGACCGUUCACCACCGAGCUACUACCUGCUUCAGUAGACUGCCUACCUUCAUGUGACGGACGACGGAGGUACCAGUAACGUUGGGUGUAGAUGGCCUCGCGUCCUCCGGCGCCUGCCUGGCCAUGCUGCAAGGGCCUUCUGGAAGACGGUGCUCGCAUCUCGCCGCCCGAGAUGACACGAAAUCUUUUUGGAUGAAGAAAUGCGUUGAGAUUUCGAACAUUGUUUUUUACGCAGAAGGUGUUUUUUUCGCCGCCUGUUCAGAACACCACAAGCCGACGACAGGAGCCGCAAGCAUGUGCAUCAUCCUCGACGAGUGCGUGAUGCUGAUGGUCCUCGCGCUGCAGGCGCUGACGGUGCUGCCGUCCAUCGCAGUCUCACGCGAGACGGGCAUCGCGAUGCUGGCGCUCUACCUCACGAGCGCGUUCGUCUCGAUCGGGUUCGCCUUCCUCUACACGCUGCGCAACUGCUGCAGCUGCGUCAACCACCUCCAGCGCCAUGGCGCCAAACUCUUCUACCUCCUGCACCUUGGCCUCAUUGCGUUCUCGAUCGCGACCAUCUCGACCUUUAUGAAGCCGUACUUCGCCAAGACCGAGUUCCGCACGUACUGCGAGAGCCAUGGCCUCGACGACAACCUCUCGGGCACGAGCUGCGUCCUCCUCGAGGGCUACAUGGUCGUCGCUGUCAUGGCGCUCACGCUCGAGAUCGGCCUUUCGAUCUACAUGCUCACGCUCGGCCGGCGCAUCGCCAAGAAGCAAGCCAUCGAGUACGCUCGCCUCGUGCGCGAGAAGAGCAUGGAGGACGCUGAGCUUCCGAGCGUCACGCGCAAGCACUCGACCGUCAAGAAGGGCACGUCAGACGUCGCGUAAGGAGCCACUGUCAUAUUGCAACCGAUAAUCCAACAUUCAGUAUGUUGCCGCGCGUCGAGCAAACAGUAGAUGGCGUAGUCCGAGUAGUCUGUCGAAGGCUAAAGACACGAAGAAUGGAGCCCACCGACCUCAUAACGUCAACCAAGCACUGGGUUGAAGCCUCAGCAAGACUA